AAUAUAUACAAUCCAUAUUCUGAAACUAGAUUAUACUGCAUGAUAUGAUAAGUAUUCUGUAUACUAUAUUCUAUGGUACAGGUUUUAUGACUUUAACUCUCUUAGACUGAAAAGUUUCCAAUGCGCUUACAUUUAACAUUAUCAAACAAAUUUCCUAAAUAACAUUAGAGAUUCUUAUAAUAUGCUCAGGUUGCAUAUUAUACUAAUCGACUGCAACAUGCACAUAGGGGCCGAGCAUCACACCAUAAGCAACAGAUUAAAUGUGUAUCUGCUCAUGCACUCAAUCAAAGUGCUGUUUAGCUCAAGAUCUAAGAGACAUGUUUGGCCUGAGCAUUAAGCAUCACAUGAUGGAAAGUUCAAGGGCUCCUGCAAGGUCGUCAUGGCAACUGUGCUCUCUCCUGCUUCUCUGUCAUUUCCAAGCACACUCAGUUUCCCGACAGAUUGUCCCUCACGAUGACAGCACUUCACUCAACCCAGUGCAUACAGUCAAUUUGUCAUUUGAACUCACUGAAGAGAAAUUCCACAUACUAGACAGGCCAAUAAUUUGCUGAAAAACAUGCAAUGAACAAUUAAAGCAAACAUGAUGACUAAAACCCAUUUCUGAAUUUUACUUCUUUUUUUUACAAGACAAAUUUAAAAUCAGAGUGUAUCGGACCUCAAGUAAGGGCAGUUCAGUGAUGUAUUCGAUGUUUUCCGCAUAUACAUAUCACUCCUGUCAUUAGUUGUAUGUGCUGCUUCCUCUCAAUAUAUCUACAGUUGUGUUCUACAGGUUUCUUGAACCCUGUCAUUAUGUCUAAAUGGGGCAAAAAUAAAGCAGAAAUAUUUUAACCAUUUAUUAUCAGACUGUAUAUUGAAACUAUAUUCUGGAUACAGGCUAUUAACAUACUUCAUUGUUGUUUUUUUUUCUUUUUGUUUUUUUUUUUGACAAAAUGCAGUCUCAUAAACUGACAAGUGAAAGAUGCUCCUUGAUUUAUUAUCGCAACAUGAAUAUAAACAACAAAUAAUACAAUUAUACAUAUCCUUUUAAAGGUUAAAUGACUGAUGUCUUAUAAUGGGUAUUUUCAAGAAUUGUACAUCCAAUAUAUGAAUUUAUGGAAAAACAGCAAAAUAUUCCCUUCAGGUAAUGGUCAUGGUCUCACCUGCAGGAGGAGCUGUGCUUCAUAACAUCUUUAUCUUACUAAUGCAAGGAGCAUUAUGAGCCACAGAUUUUCUCUGUCUGUCUGUUAUCUAAAUGAGUCUUCUGUAUAGGAUGACAAGAACAUGUAGGUGUCUGGAGUGUGCCUGUGCAAAAGCUAGAAAAAUGAAAGAGUUUAAUAGAGAAGGGAUAAUGGCAGAUAUAAACACAUCAACCUUGUCAUCUCACUUUGACUGCACAUCAAACUAGGCUGUGUGAGGGCGCAAGCUUCAGCAAGGGGAGAGGGUACACAGAGUGAGUGAGUGAGUAAGUGAGUGAGUGAAGGAGAGGGAGAGGAGAGAGAGAGAGAGAGAGAGAGAGUAAACGCAAGGCUUUACAUGCACAUAUUCGCACAGAACACCCUGAAUUCCCAAAGCCCGAGAGGGAGCCACAGAGAAAGCAAGGUCAGCAAAAAAAAAAAUCUAAGGUUGAUCACAAGUAAAGAUCUUUCUUGUUUUGGGAUUAGGGAAAUGGAAACUGUGGAUCAGGAAGUCCUGAUUUGAUUUAGAGGACACAAAUUUGAUGCAAUAUUUUUGUGCAAGUUAAGACAGCAACAUCUUCACUUAGUGAAAACAUGGAGAAACUCUCAGGCAAAGACAAGGAGCUGAUCCGGGACAGCUGGGAGAGCCUUGGCAAGAACAAGGUCCCGCACGGCAUCGUCAUGUUUACCAGGUUGUUUGAACUGGACCCAACUCUUCUGAGCCUCUUUAACUAUAAAACCAAGUGUGGAGUAGUGCCUGAGUGUCUGUCUAACCCUGAGUUCCUGGAGCAUGUCACCAAGGUGAUGUUGGUGAUUGAAGCAGCUGUCAAUCAUCUUGAUGACCUGGAUUCUUUGGAGGACUUUUUAUUGAACCUGGGCAAGAAGCACCAAACUGUUGGUGUGAAAACCCAGUCCUUUGCUGUGGUUGGAGAGGCCCUGCUUUACAUGCUGCAGUGCAGUCUUGGAACAGGCUACACAGCUGCACUGCGCCAGGCUUGGCUCAACAUGUACACUAUUGUGGUGGCUGCCAUGACCAGAGGCUGGGCGAAGAACGGAGAACACAAAUCCAACUAAGCAAUGGUACAACAUAAAGAAAAAUGUAUCCUAAAGUUGGUCUAGAGACAACCUUGUAGUCAGUGAGUUGUGGCGAGACAUGUGCUCACAGGCCAGCGUAUCUCUGACGUAUGGCGUCUGAUAUAUUUCUAGUCAAAGGGGUUAGAAAUUAUGAGUACUAUCAGUGCAAUAAUUUGCAGGGUUUAUUGUUUGAAAUACAGACAACAAAAAGAUUAAGGCUGAGACGUUAACAACUGGAACUUGCCUUGUAUAUAAUGGCUUGAUGUGUCUCCUAUCUUUUAUGGUUGUUGUGCUGUUUUAGAUGUUUCUUACUAAGUGUCAUGAAACAGAGUUUUGACUAUGCACCAUCAGCCUGUUCAACUCGGAGCAACAAUGGCUCGACUGUUUUGUCUCAUGAAACUAAAAUCACAUCCCGGUUUAGGAAGCCCUUGGAUUGUCACAAUAAUAAUGAUUAUAACUUCAAUCUGAUAAGUGUGAAAUGUGUAUAAUAUUCUCUGUAACAAUUGUGUAAGAGCAAGUUAGCAAUCAGCAAAGGUUUUCCUAGGUAAUCCUCAAUAUAACUAUCAUGACAUACUGUAUGAAAAAUCAAUGCUACCAAUAAUCACAAAUAAUACUUUUUAGACUGUUAGUUCCUGUUCCCACAUCAUUACCUUACAUUUCAUUAUUCAUUCUAUAGACUAACAAAACACAAAAACAGACUGUUACCUAACAAUAAGAGACUGUUAUGCCAUAAACAUUACUCCAUUUACACUGUUAAUGCUUAACUCAUCACCUCACAGAUAACGUGGAUAACACAGAUUUAACCAGUACAAUACAAAUUAAGUUUGUAAAAUGUUUUUUAAUGUAUUGUUAGCUAACACUGCUUUCAAAAGCUACUUAUUGUGGAUCGACUGUUUUAAAUGGCUUGAAUUUUAUAUCAUGAACAACAAUGUUGACAGGAUAAAAAAAUCCUUUAAAUGUGAGCCCUAAGAUGUUAAAAGCGAUGAUUUCCUGUUUGCUGCUAUACACAUUAUAAAAUACUUUCAAUAGUACUACAUAAACAUAGUUCUCUUUGUAUAAAAAAAAUUGCUACAUUUAAUAAUAAUGCCAAGCAUCUUAACACAUGCCAAGUUACAAUGACAUUGUGUAAACCAUUUUAUGUUAUUCUGCACAACUUCAUAUUCAAGGUACUCUCAUAUAGUGGAGUUCUUUUUCUUGGUGUUAUAAAAGCUACUGUAUCCACAGCCUAUUUUUGUAUUUUUGGUGUUUAUGUAGGUAGGUAUUGGUAAACUGUUACUACUUAGUGGUGCUGUAUAAAAUUCUUGUGUAAAAUACUUUUAAUCCCUCAUUUCUGGACUGCAAAACGAUGUAAAGUAGGUUUAGGGAUAUCAUUGAAAUGAUCUGAGUUCAUAGAACCUAAAUUGUUAUUAAUAUAAAUGUCCCUUCAUGCAAAGCUUUAAAAACUUUUAUAAGCAACAAAAACUAUUAAAAAAACUAUUAUAACUUCUUGAAUCUCUGCCAGCCUUCAACAAGGACCUCUGGCUUGUUAUACAGUUAUUCAUUUUAUUCAGGAACAGUUGUAAUAAUUAAAUAACUACAGUUAAACGAAUAGCAUGAUAUAUAAUGGUAUGUAAGCUGGAUGGUUCUUCAGAUGGAGGGAAAGUGUAAAUAUUUUCAUAGCACUUACAAACUUGUUAUUGUCUUUAUCUAUUUAUCAGUGAAUUGUUAUGUGAAUGUAUUACUAUAUUUGACUCAGUAAUGCUCUACAAUCUCUUGAUAUUCGUUAACUGAAGUGAAUGUCUACCUCACUUAUGUAGCUGCUGAGAACAGCGAUGAUAUGACCUGACUCCUCAACCAAAAAAUGCUCAUGCUUCACAAGCACUGUACAUCUUAUGUUUCUUCAAACAUGCUGUAACACACAUAAUAGCGGGCUCUGUCAAUUUUUUCUGUCAGGAUUUAUUUUGAGCUCAUGUGUUCAAAUGACAUGAAUAAAGAAAACUCAAUGUGUAA